UGGCGCGCACACUAUGCCUGAUGAUCUCGAGAGAGAGAAGGAGCUGAGCUGAGCGCUGAACUUGAGACCGUGUCUCGGUCACGUCUCAAGUGCCUCUCACUUUUACUAUCGACCGCUGAGCAGUUUAUUUUGAUUUACUGCCCUCGGAUUACACGGAAGAUAAAAAAGUAUCCAGAAUUUCUCUCCGAGUUGCGUGCGAGACUGCGCAAUAGAGCAACGCUGAACUGAAUUCAACAUGUCAAUUUUGCCGUUCACUCCGCCGAUCGUGAAGAGGUUGCUGGGCUGGAAGAAGGGAGAGCAGAACGGACAGGAGGAGAAAUGGUGCGAAAAAGCAGUCAAGAGUCUGGUGAAGAAGCUGAAGAAGACGGGACAGCUGGACGAGCUCGAGAAAGCCAUCACAACUCAGAAUGUCAACACCAAGUGUAUCACCAUACCUCGCUCACUAGAUGGUCGGUUGCAAGUAUCUCACAGAAAAGGACUCCCUCAUGUGAUCUACUGUCGUCUUUGGCGCUGGCCUGACCUGCAGUCUCAUCAUGAGCUCAGAGCCAUUGAACUCUGUGAGUUUGCCUUUCACAUGAAAAAGGACGAGGUCUGCGUCAAUCCCUACCACUACCAGCGGGUCGAGACACCAGUUCUUCCUCCAGUGCUGGUGCCUCGUCACACUGAAAUCCCCAGUGAGUUUCCUCCUCUGGAAGACUACAGUCACUCCAUCCCAGAAAACACCAUUUUCCCCGCUGGCAUCGAACCCCAGAGCAACUACAUACCAGAAACGCCCCCUCCGGGCUACAUCAGUGAGGAUGGAGAGACAAGCGAUCAUCAGAUGAACCGCAGUAUGGACACAGGGUCUCCAAAUCUGUCACCGAACCCUGUUUCUCCUGCCCACAACAAUUUAGAUCUACAGCCGGUGACAUACUGUGAACCAGCGUUCUGGUGCUCUAUCUCCUACUAUGAGCUGAACCAGAGAGUCGGUGAAACUUUCCAUGCAUCCCAGCCCUCUUUAACAGUAGACGGCUUCACAGAUCCGUCCAACUCUGAACGCUUCUGCCUGGGCCUGCUGUCCAACGUGAAUCGUAACGCUGCUGUGGAGCUCACGCGCAGACACAUUGGCCGGGGUGUGCGUUUGUACUACAUUGGAGGUGAAGUGUUUGCGGAGUGUCUAAGUGACAGUGCCAUUUUUGUUCAGAGUCCUAACUGUAACCAGCGUUACGGCUGGCACCCCGCCACUGUUUGCAAGAUCCCACCUGGCUGUAAUCUGAAGAUCUUUAAUAACCAGGAGUUUGCAGCUCUGUUGGCCCAGUCUGUGAAUCAGGGCUUUGAGGCCGUGUACCAGCUCACCCGCAUGUGCACCAUUCGCAUGAGCUUCGUGAAGGGCUGGGGAGCCGAGUACAGGCGGCAGACAGUGACUAGCACCCCCUGCUGGAUAGAACUGCACCUGAACGGUCCUCUUCAGUGGCUGGACAAAGUGCUCACUCAGAUGGGCUCCCCCUCCAUCCGCUGCUCCAGUGUGUCAUAGGAAAAACGCUCCCUAUACACAAACACAACAUAUACAAACCAUAAGAUCUGGGGGAAAAAAAGUUCCUCCAGGAGUCAAAGGCUGAAGACCUUCAUACCCACAAGCCAGUUGGGUUCCACAGACUCGGUAGCACUUUCACACGUGUCUCAUGUUGGAGGAGUGUAUAACAAUAUAUGUAUAUAUUCGUUUUUUAUGUUGUUGUUGCCCAUUUUUAUUGCCAUUAUUGAUAUAAAAUAUUGCCAUUUAUAUGUUGUUAUAUAGCACGUAUGUGUAAGAUCUCUCCUAUGUUGUGUCUUUUAUGAUGCUGUGUUAGGUACAUGUUUACUAUAACAGGUAUAUAAGAGGCUUGAUAAUUUUAUAGAGACUUUUUUUUUUUUGUAAAGUGAAAAUAUGAAGUUUUUCAAAUAUCAGUUCAACUGUAUUUUUUUUUUUUUCUUUUUAUCAAAAUAAUGAAACUUGGCCCAUGUCAUAAUAUUUUGUAGUACAUAUCAAGAGCUCUUGAACGUCCCCAUAAGAAAGAUUUGACAUUCUAACAUUGAAACCCCAAGUUAAUAUAUAUUUUCUUUUCAAGUUUCCCCAGAACAUUGAAUUUCUGUGUCCUGUUUUGCUUUAGCCAGUGAAAUGUGCUUUACAGCACAUACAUUAGCAGUUCACCUUUUUAAAAUUCACUACACAGAAUACUAUAUAAGAAACUUCAUGUGCACACAUAACAGUUUUUGAAACACUUGUGAAAGUGUUAUCUAUGCUUCACAAUAUCUCUUGUUGAAAUGUUAGGGGAUUUUGUCAUUGCACAGAUGCUGAGAGCCUGAUACUCUUUCUACAGUAGUUUUCCAGUUGUACUGUUUUUCAUCUCUCAUCAAUCUAUGCAUGUGGAGAUCAUGUGAGGACAUUAUAACUGUGCCAGCCAUCCGCAGUGAGUUUUGUAAUAUCUGGUCUAGUGUUGAUUUCAGCUUUGUCUGCAGUGAGCCGGCCGUCUAUUGUGUGUGAAUGAAUGUGAAUUAUUGAGUUUUACAGGAUUCGUUGCACUUCUAACUCCAUGUAUUGUGUUGCGGUUUCAUUGUUAUUCACUCAGAUUCUUUAUUGAGUGGGUGAGGAGCUCUGCAAGGUCUGGCGAUGUCUCAAUUGUCUGCUUUGGAGAACAAGUUUCUCUUUUGAAAACUGGGCAUUACAUCAUUUUGCGCACUAAGAAGUUGCCGCUUAUCAUAACUCACAGUAUCGGUCGUGCAUACUGUAUGUACACGUACUUGCGUGUCCCGCAGAAAUGAAAUUGAGUGAAUGUGCCUUCGCAUCAACUUUCAUAACAGAGUUUGUAAAUAGUAUAUUGGAGACAUCUACACAGGUGUUCAUCCAUAUUGUUGAGUAAGUGGGUUGUCCAGUGUUGGACCACUCAGGGUUGUGAUCUUUCUCCGCUGAACUUGUAAAUAUGUCUAAUAAAUUGAUUAUGCAUGCCUAUUUUCUGAAAUUCAUGCCAUUUGUACUGUAGACUCUAUUUUGCUACCAAAUAUUUUUUCAGACGUGGGACGGGAAAGUAAAUGCUCUUACAUCUGUGUUUGUAACUGAAAGGUGGGGCUGUAAGGUUAACCCUGUAUUUUUAUACGUCAGAUGCUCGUAGGAUACGGAGAAGGGCUUGAAGAAGGGAAAUGUCAAAAUAGGCUUUGCUAAAGCCAGAUCAUGUACAGUGCUUUCAGUUAGCCACAGGUCAGUGUGACGUGCUUGCAAUGAGAAGCGAGCUCUUGAUCUCCCAAUGUGUUGUAAAGGAAUCAUGGAGGAAAGUAGCAUGCAGGUGCAUCAUAUACUUCACACUCAGUAGAAAAGAUGUGUGACAUCUUUGUGCAUAAAUGUUCAUAAGGACUACUGGUGAUUUAGAUGCUCUUAGACUUGACUUUGUUAAAGUCAGAGUGUUAUUGUGUUGACUAGGAUUCCUUGAAAUGUAUUUAGAAACCUCUUGAUGUCAUCCAGCAAAGACCAAAUUGAAGGUACUGAAAUUAUUCAGGAAAUGAUUUAUUGUCCAUCUAAGCAAACGUUAAGUGUUUUCUUUGAGAGGAAGAAAAAAAAAAUCAGAUCUCAUUUUCUCAACAAAUUGUUGAAUAUAUUUUAAGUAAUGUGCAUUAUUUGUGCUUGUGUUCAACUUUCACAUUCAGUGAUGCUGUGGCUUAGUGGUGAUUGUUGUGCUUGACACUGUUAGAUUUCUUUAUUGUAUAAGUCUAUAAUCUUUAUUAUUUCUUUCCAUCUCUAAAGUUUAAGAGAAAAAAUUAUUGUUUGUUAUUGUUGUACUUUUAAUAAAUAUGUAAAUGAAAAAUG